CUUGACGUCAUCAGUCCGGCGCGGGAGACUGAAGUUGAAAGCUGUGUGUAAGAAGAGACUUGCCGCCAAUAACGAGAGGACCCACGAUGCCGUGCGAGAGGAAACCGAUGCGCUACGGUCACUCUGAGGGCCACACGGACGUCUGCUUUGAUGAGCAUGGCAAGUGCAUCGUGACGUGUGGGAGCGACGGAGACGUGCGCAUCUGGGAAAGUCUAGACGACGACGAUCCUAAAUCCAUAAACGUUGGAGAAAAGGCCUACUCGGUUGCUUUGAAAGGUAGAAAAUUAGUCACCGCCGUUUCCAACAACACGGUUCAGAUCCACACGUACCCUGACGGAGACCCCGAUGGAAUUCUGACCCGUUUCACCACCAAUGCAAACCACGUCACCUUCAACUCCAGUGGCACGAGAGUUGCUGCAGGCUCCAGUGACUUCAUGAUAAAGGUGAUCGAAGUGAUGGACAGCAGUCAGCAGAAGACCCUCCGUGGACACGAUGCACCUGUUCUCAGUGUGACAUUUGACCCUGCUGAUGAGUAUGUUGCCUCCUCGAGUUGUGACAGCUCAGUGGUGGUGUGGUCUAUAGAGGAGCAGACUCAAGUGGCGAACUGGAAGGUGCUUCAGAAGUCGAGUGACGUGAGCAACGCUAAAUCUCUGUGCAGACUCGCCUGGCAGGGAUCCGGGAAGCUGCUUGCAGUUCCAGUGGACACCACAGUACAGCUGUAUGAGAGAGACUCCUGGAAUCAUGUUGGCAUGCUUUCUGAUGACCUUCUCACUCAGCAGGUUGUUAACGUGGUGGUUUGGUCACCGUGUGGGAAGUUUCUGGCAGCGGGAACUGUUGGAGGAACCCUCUGCAUUUGGGAUGUGGAAGCUAAGCUGUGCAUUGAGAGACAGAAGCAUGAGAAGGGCUUCACAGUGUGCGGCAUGGCCUGGCAUCCCGCUGGGGGACAGAUCGCUUACACGGACACAGAGGGCUGCUUGGGCCUGCUGGAUGGAGUGUGUGUAUCUUCCUCAUCCUCCUCAUCUUCCACUUCUACCAAGAACACCACAGCUGUUGAGACUAAAGAGCAGAACGGUUAUGAUGAUCUGUUUGACGAGGAUGACGGUGGCCUGCUGGAUGAAUGUCGGAGCGUCUCAGGGGGCGAAGCGGACGACGACGACCUCAUGCCGUCCGCUCGCAAACCGCGCACCAGAGCGAACAUCCUGGACGAUGACGAAAACUCUCGAGAAACUGGCUCAAUGAGGGCAGAUCCUUUGGCUGACGAUGAUGGACAGAGCGAUAUUUUUCCCACUUCGGCGCCCCCUGCUGCUGCAGCACCAGCACCACCACCACGGCCGGUAUAUGAGGGUCCAAUGCCCACUGUGCCACAGAGGGCCUUCCAGCCCGGCUCCACACCUGUUCACCUCAUGCACCGUUUCAUGGUUUGGAACUCGGUGGGUAUUGUGCGCAGCUACAACGACGAACAGGACAACGCCAUCGAUGUGGAGUUCCACGACACCGCCGUCCAUCACGCCAUGCACCUUACCAACACUCUGGAGCACGUCAUGGCCGAUCUUUCCCAGGAGGCCGUUCUUCUUGCCUGCGAAGGCACAGACGAACUCGCUAGCAAACUACAGUGCCUGCACUUCUCCUCCUGGGACACGAAUAAGGAGUGGAUAGUGGAUUUGCCGAAAGGCGAAGACGUGAGGGCGCUGUGUCUGGGACAAGGCUGGGCCGCGGUGGCCACCAGCGCCAUGCUUGUGCGUCUCUUCUCCAUCGGCGGAGUCCAGAGAGAGAUAUUCAGCCUACCGGGACCUGCGGUGUGCAUGGCCGGACAUGGAGAGCAACUUCUUAUAGUCUACCACAGAGGGACCGGGUUCGACGGAGAUCAGGCUCUCGCCGUACAGCUUCUGCAGCUCGGCCCCAAACGGAGGCAGAUCAUCCACGGAGAAGCUCUGCCUAUAUCUCGGAAGUCGCACCUGGCAUGGAUGGGCUUCAGCGCAGAAGGAACACCGUGUGCCGUGGACUCGGAGGGCAAGGUGCGAAUGCUGAAUCGCUCUAUGGGGAACACAUGGACUCCUGUUUGUAACACCAGAGAGAGCUGCAAGAGCAGGUCCGAUCAUUACUGGGUCGUCGGCAUCCAUGAGAAUCCCCAGCAGCUUAGGUGCAUUCCCUGUAAAGGAGUCGUCUUUCCCCCGACUCUUCCUCGCCCCGCUGUGGCCAUCCUGCCCUUCCAAAUGCCCUUCUGCCAGACCAGCACAGAGAAAGGCCAGAUGGAGGAGCAGUACUGGCGCUCGGUGCUCUUCCAUAACCAUUUUGACUUCCUGUCGUCCACCGGUUAUGAGACAGACCAGGAAAGUCAGAGGCAGCAGGAGAAGGAACAGCAGGAGCUGCUGAUGAAGAUGUUCGCGCUCUCAUGUAAGCUGGAACGCGAGUUCCGCUGCGUCGAGUUGGCUGAGAUGAUGACGCAGAACGUGGUGACGCUCGCCAUCCGCUACGCUUCGCGCUCCAGACGCAUGCUCCUCGCUCAGAGGCUCAACGAGCUCGCUCUGGAGAAAGCCAGUCAGCUACAGGUGGAGGCCGAGCCAGAGGACGAAGCGGCCCAUCACAGCCAGGCACGAAAUUCCAGGUUUAAUCAUGCUGGUCGCAUCGCCAGAGUAGCACACGAAGAUUCUGAUGAAGAACAGCAGGAGGAUCAUGAGCCACAGGACGAACCGAUGGAAUCGGAAGAAGGCCCAGAAAACAAAAAAUCACGUGUAAAUCCGUUCAUUAAAGGUACAAAAUCACCUGAAAAACCUUCAGUCAAACCUGUCAGUAAAGAAGGUCGUGUGAACCCCUUUAAGGUCAGUGGAUCUGGAAAGCCAUUUUCGUCAUCACCACAGCCCAGAGCUACCAACGUUCUGGACACCAUGACUGCAUCUAACAGGAAACUCACAGCAUCGUCUAAAGCUCCAGUGCUGAAGCCUCUGGCUCCAAAACCACGCUCCAAGGCUCAGGCUACUUUGCUGAAGAUGAGCGCAUCUAAAGGAGCUAAAAAGCCGGAGGAAAAGGAGUUGGAGAAACCGAGAAUGGAGAAACCGGAGAAGUCAGAAGCAACACCUGUGGAUAACGUGGAGAACACCAGACCAAAGACCGGUUUCCAGCUGUGGCUCGAGGAGAAUAGGAAAAACAUCCUCGCUGACAACCCGGACCUGGAGGAGAUGGACGUGAUUAAAGAGGCCAUGAGCCGUUUUCGUACUCUGCCUGGCGAUGAGAGGCUGAUGUGGACUGAGAAGGCAAAAGGCUCGACCGGAGAAGGUGCAGACCUCAAGAAAAGAAAGCGAGAUGAAGAGGGGAAUAACGAAGCAGACGGCCAGGAGGACACUGAUGAAAACAGCGCCAAGAAGAAGAAGCCUUCGGACGCUUCGGCUAAGCUCUCUGCGUUUGCCUUUAACAAAAAUUAAAACUUGUGUUUAUUUUUUAUUCUAAUUUUAAAUGUUUGCAAGUUCCUAGAAUCGUUUCUCUUAUUAACCUUUCACACUUUACAGUUUGCUCUUGUGUUUGUCUUGAUCGUUGAUGUUUGUACAUAUUUGAUGUUUGUGAACUGUUUAUCUAUGUAAAGCUGAAGACAAAUAAAAUGUUGAAAUAAAAUCUCA